AUGUCUGCCAACCCACAGAAUCAAUCCUUCACGCUCGACAAACUGUUCGAUGUCUCUGGGAAGGUCGCUCUGAUCACCGGGGCUGGCAGUGGCAUUGGGCUGAUGGCCACCCAAGCACUGGCAACGAACGGGGCCAAAGUUUACAUCUGUGGACGAACCGAGGAGAAGCUUGAGCGUGUCGUCGAGGUCUACGGCAAGGGCAUUCGAGGCUCCAUCAUCCCAAUCACGGCUGACGUGAGCAAGAAGGAGGAGAUCAAGAAACUCGUCAACCAUAUCUCUGAACGAGAGAAGUGCCUGUGUAUCCUGAUCAACAAUGCUGGCAUCGAGUUGCACACACAGCAGGUUGAGGCCAAAUCUGCGGAAGAAAUGUCCAAGAAUCUGUUCGACGACCCGAACGAGACCUUUGAGAUGUGGACCGACACCUAUCGCACUAACGUGCCGCAGCUAUUCUUCAUGACUACGGCAUUCCUGCCUUUGCUCCAGGCUGCGCACAAGCACAACGACAACUUCUCAGGCACGGUCAUCAACAUCUCCAGCAUUAGCGGCAUCGUCAAGACAUCCCAGCACCAUUUCGCCUACAAUGCCUCUAAAGCAGCCGCGAUCCACUUGACCACAAUGUUGGCCAACGAGGUUGCCCAGAAUGGCCUCAAGAUCCGCAUCAACAGUAUUGCGCCCGGCGUGUUCCCUAGUGAAAUGACAGCCUCAGAGAGUGACGACCAACAAAAGUCCCAGAUUCCUCGAGAGAAGUACGAAGAGAAAGUCCCGGCAAGACGCCCGGGCGAAGAUCGAGAUAUGGCGAAUGCGGUACUCUUCGCAUGCUCGAACCAGUACCUCUCAGGCGCUACCAUUGUUCUAGAUGGAGGUUACGUCUUGAGUGCAGGUAGUGGCCCGUAG